CAUGGAUGUUGUAUCCAUGGAGACUGUGAUGGUAUCCCAAAUGUGGAUGCUGAGAUGGGCCAUACUACUAAUUGGACUGCAGUCAACACAAGCAGACCAUAUGCCAGAUUAUGCAGCCAUGAUGGCAGAUCCAACUGAAUUUUUUUGGCCAACAAUGAAAGUGUUCCCCACCACAACAAAUGUGAUCAUAACUACAACUCAACCAAAUCCCGAUCAUCAGUCUAUGAUCUGCAGCACAUGGGGAAAUUUCCACUUCAAGACCUUUGAUGGUCAUUUCUUUCAACAGCCGGACACGUGUAACUAUGUUCUGGCAGUGAUGUGCGACAUCACGUCUUCUGAUUUUAAUAUCCAAAUGCAAAGAAAGACCGAAAAUGACUUAAUUGCUUUCAGCACAGUCUCAAUAAAGCUGGAGGGGACAGUCAUCAAACUCAGUAAUGGCAACAUCACCAUAGAUGAAGAAGUGGUGUUUAUUCCAACUUAUAAGAAUGGAAUUAAAUUUGAGGGAAGCCCAUCAAGUCUUAAAAUCUCUAACAAACAUGGAGUGACUGUCUUUUGGGAGGAAGACCAUUCUGUAUCGAUUGAACUUCCUGAGAAGUACCAGGGCCAAACCUGUGGACUCUGUGGAAACUUUAACGGCAUCAAAACUGAUGAUUUCUUUGACACUGGUCCAGCCGCAUGGAAGUUGUCUUCACCAACUGAAUCCUGCAAGGAAAUUACACUUGACCCCAUUGAUCAAUGUGAAAAUCAGACAAGCAUUUGUCAGCAGUUUCUCAGCAGUUCAGGGUUUGAUGACUGUCGCCAUGUGCUGGACUUUAGUUCAUUUGAAAAGGCCUGUGUAAAUGACCUGUGUCAAUGUUAUGGCAACCACGACUGUCUCUGCAACACGCUCACAGAGAUUUCACGACAGUGCACACAUGCUGGUGGCAGGCCAGGAACAUGGAGAACACACCAGCUCUGUCCAAAGACAUGCCCACUAAACAUGGAAUACUUUGAGUGUGGCAGUCCAUGCAGAGACACCUGCACAGACCCAGAAGGAAGCAUUUUGUGUAAAGAACACUGUGUGGAUGGCUGUUUCUGCCCUGUGGGCACUGUGGAAGAUGACAUUGGUCACAGCGGUUGUGUUCCUAUCAACGAGUGUCCAUGUGAGCAUGACGGCACAAUAUACCAAUCGGGAGAGACAUACACACAAGCAUGUAAAACAUGUGUGUGUGCUGCUGGAUAUUGGAGUUGCACGGAUCUGAAAUGUCCCGGAAUCUGCUUUGUUGUGGGAGGGUCUCACAUCACCACUUAUGAUGGAAAAAGCUUCACAUUCAGCGGCAACUGUGACUACAUCCUCACUAAGCAUUCCAGUGAUAGUGAUAUUGCUGUCCUGGGAAAUCUGGCAAAGUGUGAUCCAGACCGAACAGAAACUUGUCUAAAUUCGGUUACCCUUGUCAUCUCAGGAACCACUAUUCGUUUUACUUCUGAUGGAACCGUGACACUGAAUGGAAACAAACCUUACGGUCUUCCUGUCUUCACAGAUGGUGUGGUCAUCCUCCAGCCCUCUUCCUCUUUCAUAAUUGCUGAUAUGAAGAGUCUUCGUCUAGAGAUCCAGUUGGCUCCAAUCAUGCAGUUGUAUAUUGUAGCCAGCCCUGAAGAGAGAGGGAACCUGAGUGGUCUGUGUGGGAACUAUAACAAUGUCUUAAAAGAUGACUUUAAAACAGAAUCGGGCAUUACAGAGGGGACACCAGCAACCUUUAUUAACUUUUGGAAACACUCCAGUUGUCCAGAUCUUGAAAGCUCAUUUGAAAACCCCUGUAGUCUGAGUGUGGAUACAGAGAAAUUUGCAAAAGACUGGUGUUCCCGUCUCACAAACCCAAAUGGAACCUUUGCCCCAUGUCAUUCAGAAAUUUGUCCUGAGAUUUACUAUGAUAGGUGCGUCUAUGACACCUGUAAGUGUACAGAUAUUAAGAAGUGUAUGUGUGCAUCCCUGUCCACCUAUGCCCACGCCUGUGCUGCCAGAGGAGUCGUUCUCCAGAACUGGAUGGCUUCAGACCCCUGCAACACGGUUUCGGAGUGUUCAAACAACAUGAAGUACUCCUACAGCGUGACCAGCUGUGGCAGUACCUGCCGUUCUCUCAGUGGGCAGGAUUACAGCUGCAAAUUGUCCACACCUGUAGAUGGCUGUGUCUGUCCUGAGGGCACCUACAUCAAUGAUGCAGGCACCUGUGUGCAUGCUAGCCAGUGUCCAUGUUACUCUGGCAUCGAGGUUAUAAAGCCAUCAGAAAUAUUCAGCAAGGACGGGGUUAAAUGCACCUGUAAUCUCGGCAUAUUACACUGCUCCAGAAAAGAAGACUGUAAGGCUCCAAUGGUCUUCUUCAACUGCUCAAGUUAUGAACCAGGACAAAAGGGAACAGAGUGUCAAAGGACAUGUCAGAACCAAGACCCAAAUAACUGCGUAAGUACAGGGUGUGUAUCAGGAUGUAUGUGCCCAGUUGGUUUUCUGGCAGAUGGCAAAGAUGGAUGUGUGGAGAAGAGAAACUGCCCAUGUACCCACAAUGGACUCACUUAUUCACCUGGCGAGCAAGUUCAAGAGGACUGUAACACCUGUACAUGCAUAGAUGGGAUGUGGACUUGUACAGAAAAGGCAUGCUAUGGCACCUGUACCAUUUAUGGUGAAGGUCAUUUCAAGACAUUUGAUGGCAAGAGAUAUUCCUUUCACGGAGACUGUGAAUACAUCUUAGCUCACGAUUAUUGUGAAAUGGACCACAGUCCCUCUUUCCGCCUUGUCACCGAGAACAUCCCCUGUGGCAGUACCAACUCUAUUUGCUCCAAGUCCAUCGAUCUUUACUUUGGGAGAUACAAGAUGAUGUUAUCUGAGGAGAAUGGGGUCAACGUUAAGGUUGAAACCAAUGGCACUGAUUAUGAAUAUAAAAUCCAAUCUGCUGGGAUUUACAUUGUCAUAGAGGUCAGAGAUCUUUUAAACUUAAUCUGGGACAAUAAAACAAGUAUAAUGCUCCAACUGCAUCCCAGCUUAAAGGGCAAGGUGUGUGGACUGUGUGGAAACUUUGAUGGUAAUGCAAAUAAUGACUUUAUGAAGCAUAAUGGAGAAGAGGUAGCAGAUGCAGAUACAUUUGGGAAUAGUUGGAAGGUGAAUCCCAGCUGUCCAGAUGAGACAAAUUUGAUGAACCCUUGUGACGAAAAGCCCCAUCGAAGUGCCUGGGCUAUUAAACAAUGCAGCAUCCUCAAAAGUGAUGUCUUUAAAGAUUGCCAUUCAUUUGUAGACUCUGUCCCAUAUUAUGAUGCCUGUGUAAGAGACACCUGUGCAUGUGACACUGGGGGUGAUUGCGAUUGUUUCUGUACUGCCGUGGCAGCCUACGCUGCUGAAUGCCGAAAAAAGGGAGCUUGUGUGGCAUGGAGGAGCCCAAGCAUUUGUCCUUUAUUCUGUGACUACUACAACCCUCCAGGAGAAUGUGAGUGGCACUAUAAAGCCUGUGGAUCCUGCAUGAAAACCUGCAAAAACCGUGCAGGAACUUGCUCCUCUCAAAUUCCUCCGCUUGAGGGAUGUUUUCUUCAGUGCCCUUUGGACAAGCCAUAUAUGAGAGAGGAGACCUUGAAGUGUGUUACAACGGUAGAAUGUGAUUACUGUUUUUAUAAUGGGAUUGAAUAUCCACCUGGAUCAGUUGUUUACAACACCACAGAUGGGAAUGACACAUGUUUAAUAGCUGUGUGUCAAGAUAAUGGAAAAAUAAAGAGAUUUGUUACUGAAUGCAACAAUACCACAACAACAACGCCUUUCACUUUCACAUCUACAUCCACACCAACGGAAACAUCCACAACACCUACAACAAUGGUUACAACACCACCUACAUCAACUGAGACAUCUACGACCAUGUCCACCACUACUCCAAAAACUACUGUGACACAAACAUUUACAGAGUCAGAAACAACCACCUCUACUUUAAUGCCCCCAACUACAUCAACCGAAACACCUACUACAACUUCCAUUACUACAACAACUAUAGUUAAAUCAACACCUACAACUGUGGUUACAACACCACCUACAUCAUCAGAGACAUCUUCAACCAAAUCCACCACUACACCAACUACUGUGACACAAACAUUUACACCAACAGAAACACCAUCUACAACUAGUUCAACGACAGUUACAACACCACCUUCCUUCUGUGACUGUAAGUGGUCGAACUGGACUGACAGCAACACACCCAGUAAAGAACCCCAAGGUUUCGAAAUUGAAUCUAUCACUGAUUUGUGGAAAUCAGGAAAGAUUUCUUGUCAGAGCCCCAGUGAAAUUCAAUGUAGGGCAGUAGAUUAUCCAGAAUCCUCAUUGACAGAAAUGGGACAAAUAGUAUAUUGCAAUACAUCCUUUGGACUGACAUGUUCAAACGAAGACAAUGCUGAUGGUAUAAUACCAUUAUGUCAUAAUUAUGAAAUACGUGUCAGAUGUUGUGAAGCCAUGUGUACUACAACCACCUCUACUGUAAUGCCCUCAAGUACAUCAACUGAAACACCUACAACUAGUUCAACCACUGGUACAACACCCACAUCAUUAGAGACAUCUACGACCACAUUCACCAUUACACCAACAACUACCGUGACACAAACAUUUACAGAGACAGAAGCAACAGCUUCUUCAACUGUUACAAUAACACCUACAUCAACAGAAACAACAUCUACAACUAGCACAACCUCUGGUACAACACCCACGUCAUCCACCACUACACCAACAACUACUGUGACACAAACAUUUACAGAGACAGAAACGACAGCUUCUUCAACUGUUACAAUAAUGCCUACAUCAACAGAAACACCAUCUACAACAAGUACAACCACUGGUACAACAACCUCAUCAUCAGGGACAUCUAUGAAUACAUUCACCACUACACCAACAACUACUGUGACACAAACAUUUACAGAGACAGAAGCAACAGCUUCUUCAACUGUUACAAUAAUGCCUACAUCAACAGAAACACCUUCUACAACAAGUACAACCACUGGUACAACAUCUACGUCAUCAGAGACAUCUACGACCACAUUCACCAUUACACCAACAACUACCGUGACACAAACAUUUACAGAGACAGAAGCAACAGCUUCUUCAACUGUUACAAUAACACCUACAUCAACAGAAACAACAUCUACAACUAGCACAACCUCCGGUACAACACCCACGUCAUCCACCACUACACCAACAACUACUGUGACACAAACAUUUACAGAGACAGAAACGACAGCUUCUUCAACUGUUACAAUAAUGCCUACAUCAACAGAAACACCAUCUACAACAAGUACAACCACUGGUACAACAACCUCAUCAUCAGGGACAUCUACGAAUACAUUCACCACUACACCAACAACUACUGUGACACAAACAUUUACAGAGACAGAAGCAACAGCUUCUUCAACUGUUACAAUAAUGCCUACAUCAACAGAAACACCUUCUACAACAAGUACAACCACUGGUACAACAUCUACAUCAUCAGAGACAUCUUCAACCAAAUCCACCACUACACCAACUACUGUGACACAAACAUUUACACCAACAGAAACACCAUCUACAACUAGUUCAACGACAGUUACAACACCACCUUCCUUCUGUGACUGUAAGUGGUCGAACUGGACUGACAGCAACACACCCAGUAAAGAACCCCAAGGUUUCGAAAUUGAAUCUAUCACUGAUUUGUGGAAAUCAGGAAAGAUUUCUUGUCAGAGCCCCAGUGAAAUUCAAUGUAGGGCAGUAGAUUAUCCAGAAUCCUCAUUGACAGAAAUGGGACAAAUAGUAUAUUGCAAUACAUCCUUUGGACUGACAUGUUCAAACGAAGACAAUGCUGAUGGUAUAAUACCAUUAUGUCAUAAUUAUGAAAUACGUGUCAGAUGUUGUGAAGCCAUGUGUACUACAACCACCUCUACUGUAAUGCCCUCAAGUACAUCAACUGAAACACCUACAACUAGUUCAACCACUGGUACAACACCCACAUCAUUAGAGACAUCUACGAACACAUUCACCACUACACCAACAACUACUGUGACACAAACAUUUACAGAGACAGAAGCAACAGCUUCUACAACUGUUACAACAAUGCCUACAUCAACAGAAACACCAUCUACAACUAGCACAACCUCUGGUACAACACCCACGUCAUCCACCACUACACCAACAACUACUGUGACACAAACAUUUACAGAUACAGAAAUGACAGCUUCUUCAACUGUUACAAUAAUGCCUACAUCAACAGAAACAUCAUCUACUACUAGCACAACCUCUGGUACAACACCCACGUCAUCAGAGACAUCUACGACCACAUCCACCACUACACCAACAACUACUGUGACACAAACAUUUACAGAGACAGAAACAACAGCAUCUUCAACUGUUACAAUAACGCCUACAUCAACAGAAACACCAUCUACAACUAGCACAACCUCUGGUACAACACCUACGCCAUCAGAGACAUCUACGACCACAUUCACCAUUACACCAACAACUACCGUGACACAAACAUUUACAGAGACAGAAGCAACAGCUUCUUCAACUGUUACAAUAACACCUACAUCAACAGAAACAACAUCUACAACUAGCACAACCUCUGGUACAACACCCACGUCAUCCACCACUACACCAACAACUACUGUGACACAAACAUUUACAGAGACAGAAACGACAGCUUCUUCAACUGUUACAAUAAUGCCUACAUCAACAGAAACACCAUCUACAACAAGUACAACCACUGGUACAACAACCUCAUCAUCAGGGACAUCUACAAAUACAUUCACCACUACACCAACAACUACUGUGACACAAACAUUUACAGAGACAGAAGCAACAGCUUCUUCAACUGUUACAAUAAUGCCUACAUCAACAGAAACACCUUCUACAACAAGUACAACCACUGGUACAACAUCUACGUCAUCAGAGACAUCUACGACCACAUUCACCAUUACACCAACAACUACCGUGACACAAACAUUUACAGAGACAGAAGCAACAGCUUCUUCAACUGUUACAAUAACACCUACAUCAACAGAAACAACAUCUACAACUAGCACAACCUCCGGUACAACACCCACGUCAUCCACCACUACACCAACAACUACUGUGACACAAACAUUUACAGAGACAGAAACGACAGCUUCUUCAACUGUUACAACAAUACCUACAUCAACAGAAACACCAUCUACAACUAGCACAACCUCUGGUACAACACCCACGUCAUCCACCACUACACCAACAACUACUGUGACACAAACAUUUACAGAUACAGAAAUGACAGCUUCUUCAACUGUUACAAUAAUGCCUACAUCAACAGAAACAUCAUCUACUACUAGCACAACCUCUGGUACAACACCCACGUCAUCAGAGACAUCUACGACCACAUCCACCACUACACCAACAACUACUGUGACACAAACAUUUACAGAGACAGAAACAACAGCAUCUUCAACUGUUACAAUAACGCCUACAUCAACAGAAACACCAUCUACAACUAGCACAACCUCUGGUACAGCACCCACGUCAUCUGAGACAUCUACAAACACAUUCACCACUACACCAACAACUACUGUGACACAAACAUUUACAGAGACAGAAGCAACAGCUUCUUCAACUGUUACAAUAAUGCCUACAUCAACAGAAACACCUUCUACAACAAGUACAACCACUGGUACAACACCUACGCCAUCAGAGACAUCUACGACCACAUUCACCAUUACACCAACAACUACUGUGACACAAACAUUUACAGAGACAGAAGCAACAGCUUCUUCAACUGUUACAAUAACACCUACAUCAACAGAAACAACAUCUACAACUAGCACAACCUCUGGUACAACACCCACGUCAUCCACCACUACACCAACAACUACUGUGACACAAACAUUUACAGAGACAGAAACAACAGCAUCUUCAACUGUUACAAUAACGCCUACAUCAACAGAAACACCAUCUACAACUAGCACAACCUCUGGUACAGCACCCACGUCAUCUGAGACAUCUACAAACACAUUCACCACUACACCAACAACUACUGUGACACAAACAUUUACAGAGACAGAAGCAACAGCUUCUUCAACUGUUACAAUAACACCUACAUCAACAGAAACAACAUCUACAACUAGCACAACCUCUGGUACAACACCCACGUCAUCCACCACUACACCAACAACUACUGUGACACAAACAUUUACAGAGACAGAAACGACAGCUUCUUCAACUGUUACAAUAAUGCCUACAUCAACAGAAACACCAUCUACAACAAGUACAACCACUGGUACAACAACCUCAUCAUCAGGGACAUCUACGAAUACAUUCACCACUACACCAACAACUACUGUGACACAAACAUUUACAGAGACAGAAGCAACAGCUUCUUCAACUGUUACAAUAAUGCCUACAUCAACAGAAACACCUUCUACAACAAGUACAACCACUGGUACAACACCUACGUCAUCAGAGACAUCUACGACCACAUUCACCAUUACACCAACAACUACCGUGACACAAACAUUUACAGAGACAGAAGCAACAGCUUCUUCAACUGUUACAAUAACACCUACAUCAACAGAAACAACAUCUACAACUAGCACAACCUCCGGUACAACACCCACGUCAUCCACCACUACACCAACAACUACUGUGACACAAACAUUUACAGAGACAGAAACGACAGCUUCUUCAACUGUUACAAUAAUGCCUACAUCAACAGAAACACCAUCUACAACAAGUACAACCACUGGUACAACAACCUCAUCAUCAGGGACAUCUACGAAUACACUCACCACUACACCAACAACUACUGUGACACAAACAUUUACAGAGACGGAAACAACAGCUUCUUCAACUGUUACAAUAAUGCCUACAUCAACAGAAACACCUACAACGAGUACAACCACUGGUACAACACCUAUGUCAUCAGAGACAUCUACAGCCAUAUCCACCACUACACCAACAACUAGUGUGACACCAACAGCUACAAGGUCAAAAACAACAGUGUUCACUGUGCAUACUGGGCCAACUUCCAUUACAACAGAAAAUGACACAUUACCCCAUACAUGUAAAUGCACAUAUUCAAAUGUGACAUACACAGCAGGGUCUACAAUCUACAAUGAAACUGACAAUGCGGGUUGGUGCUUCCUUGCUUACUGCAAUAGCUCUUGUAAUAUUGUGAAAUGGUCUCAACCAUGCCCAACCCCUCCACCAGUGUGUCCAAUCCCAUCCUGGAUUGAAGGAUGCAAUAACAAAACCUGUAUAAAUGGCAAGGUCACCUCAAGGCCUCUACGGUGUGAUCAGAACAGUUCUUUCAUACCUACAUGUACCAAUGCACUUAAAGCUGAGAAGGUGUAUUAUAACAAUGGCUGCUGCUUCAAGUAUGAGUGUCCGUGUAAAUGCAGUGGCUGGGGUGACCCUCAUUACAAAACUUUCGAUGGAACAUAUUAUGCUUUCCAAGGAAACUGCACCUAUGUGUUGGUCCAAGAAAUCAUCCCAAAAUACAAUAUUAGUGUCCAUGUUAAAAACUAUUAUUGUGAUUUAAAAAAUAAUCUUGCCUGCCCUGAGUAUGUGAUUGUGAAUUACAAAUCCUAUAAAAUCAAGCUGACAAGCAACACUAAAGUGAUCCGGGUUUAUGUCAAUGAUGAAGAGAAGAUACCAACAUACGUAAAUGACGUCUUUACCAUCACCACUUCUGGCAUGUCAGUGGUUAUGAACAUCUCUGAUAUUAAAGCUGAGAUUGUAGUCAGUCAUAACAGCUUUAGUGUAAAACUCCCAUUCUCAUACUUCCAUAAUAAUACGGAGGGACAGUGUGGGGUUUGUGACAACAACCGCGCAAAUGACUGCAGACUUCCUAAUGGAACAGUCGACGUAUCAUGUGAGGACAUGGCACAGUUUUGGAUGGUCCCUCCAGGAUGCAAAUACACUCCACCCACCCCUAAACCCCCAACUUCCUGCAAACCACAAAUCUGUGAUGUAAUCAAGAAAUAUAUGUUUAAGAACUGCCAUGAGAUUAUUCCUUAUGAAAGUUAUUAUGAGGCAUGCAAAUUUGAUGUCUGCCACAUGGGAAAUGAAUCUAAUGCUUGCGCCAGUCUGGAGAUGUAUGCCAAUCUUUGUGGCGAGGAGUCUGUUUGUGUGGACUGGAGAAACUUAGCUGAUCUCAAAGGGCUAUGUGCAUACAAGUGCCCCAAACACAAAGUCUACAAGGCAUGUGGGCCAAAAGUACAAAAAACCUGCAGUACAAGGUACAAUGAUAAGUUUGUGGAGAAAGAAUGCCAAAGCAAAGACUGUCAUCAAACAUUUAUGGAAGGUUGUUACUGUCCUGAUAACACAUAUCUAGUCAGUUCAACGACAAACAACUGUACGGCUUUCUGCGAUUGCAUUGGCCCUGAUGGAUUACCUAGACAGCCCGGAGAUACAUGGACCUUGGGCUGUACCAAAUAUACAUGCUCCAAUGAGAGCUUUGGUAUUACCACAGAGCCUACUGAAUGUCCACUUGUAAAGGACUGUUCCAAAGGAUACAAAAUAACCAUUAAAGGCUGCUGCCCAGAAUGCGACUGUGAUAGAAACCUUAAUGAAACCUGUGAAAUGAUAAAGUGUCCAUUGGGAUAUGAGUUGGGACCAAAAACUGUUGAGAACUGCUGUCCCUGUGUGCCAAAACCUGUCUGUGUUUACAAUCACACUGAGUACCAGCCUGGAACUAAAAUCAGCACAGAACCUUGUGUGGAAUGCAACUGUGAAAUAAAUAAAGCCCCACAGAAUGAUUUGUAUCCAAUGACUUGUGUUAGAAAAGACUGCAAACUAUGCCCUGAGGGUUUCGAACUUGUGAAAGAAGAAGGAGAGUGCUGUGGAACAUGUAAGAAUGUAAUCUGUGUUUUUGACGUAGAAAACACCAGACAUACUCUCAAGGUUGGAGAAUUCUACAAUAAUAAAUGUGAGAAUAUUACCUGCAAUAAAUUUAAUGACACAGUUAGGACAGAGAAGACUAUAAAAACCUGCCCUGACUUUAAUCAAGAUGACUGUGUGCCUGGAACCAUAGGAUAUGACACAGAUGGAUGUUGCAUGAGCUGUGAGCCCAAGAACUGCGUUCGAGUGAAGAACACCACCCAUGUUUAUGCAGAUAAUUGUGAAUCCAUCAACGCUGUUGAAGUGACAUCUUGCAGUGGUCACUGUGACACCCAAUCAAUGUAUUCAUUGCAAAUGAACACAAUGAUGCACAGCUGUUCUUGCUGUCGGGAAACGAAAACGAGCCGCAAAGAAGUGAAGCUGAGGUGUCCGGAUGGCAGCGAGAUCAUGCAUGAAUACAUCUACAUUGAAAGCUGCAAAUGCACUCCUACAGAGUGUGAAAACCAGAAGACUUCCGGAUAAAAGAUCUUGUUCAAUAAAUGCCUGACCUUGCCUUGAUUAUUGCUGAUUUGACCUCAGUAUUGAUUUGAUAAGCUGUUACACUAAGUAGGAAAACAACAGUAAAAAUUUUUUUAAGUAACAGAAUGAAAGAUUGCACUAUUCUGCUUUUUUCUUUUACAUUUUCUCUCUCUAACUGGGACUCAGGGUAUUUUGAGAAUUUUUAUUCUUCUGUCUUGCUUUAUAAUCUGUUUAGUAAUGUAUAGUAUAAAUAUAUACAUUUUCUUCCUAUAAAAUGAAUGAGUACAAUAAAGCAAAAUAAACUG